AGGUCGCUUACAUCCCAUUCUCCAACCCCCACAUCCCUGUUCCAUUCUCCCACUUUUCCCACCACCGCCCCCCUCGCUUCCCUCUCCUCCUGUCUCUCCCACCGUCCCCACCUUGCACAGAUCCCUCAGGACCUAGAGAGGUCGCUUACAUCCCAUUCUCCAACCCCCACAUCCCUGUUCCAUUCUCCCACUUUUCCCACCACCGCCCCCCUCGCUUCCCUCUCCUCCUGUCUCUCCCACCGUCCCCACCUUGCGCAGAUCCCUCGGGACCUAGAGAGGUCGCUUACAUCCCAUUCUCCAACCCCCACAUCCCUGUUCCAUUCUCCCACUUUUCCCACCACCGCCCCCCUCGCUUCCCUCUCCUCCUGUCUCUCCCACCGUCCCCACCUUGCGCAGAUCCCUCGGGACCUAGAGAGGUCGCUUACAUCCCAUUCUCCAACCCCCACAUCCCUGUUCCAUUCUCCCACUUUUCCCACCACCGCCCCCCUCGCUUCCCUCUCCUCCUGUCUCUCCCACCGUCCCCACCUUGCACAGAUCCCUCGGGACCUAGAGAGGUCGCUUACAUCCCAUUCUCCAACCCCCACAUCCCUGUUCCAUUCUCCCACUUUUCCCACCACCGCCCCCCUCGCUUCCCUCUCCUCCUGUCUCUCCCACCGUCCCCACCUUGCACAGAUCCCUCAGGACCUAGAGAGGUCUCUUACAUCCCAUUCUCCAACCCCCACAUCCCUGUUCCAUUCUCCCACUUUUCCCACCACCGCCCCCCUCGCUUCCCUCUCCUCCUGUCUCUCCCACCGUCCCCACCUUGCGCAGAUCCCUCGGGACCUAGAGAGGUCGCUUACAUCCCAUUCUCCAACCCCCACAUCCCUGUUCCAUUCUCCCACUUUUCCCACCACCGCCCCCCUCGCUUCCCUCUCCUCCUGUCUCUCCCACCGUCCCCACCUUGCGCAGAUCCCUCGGGACCUAGAGAGGUCGCUUACAUCCCAUUCUCCAACCCCCACAUCCCUGUUCCAUUCUCCCACUUUUCCCACCACCGCCCCCCUCGCUUCCCUCUCCUCCUGUCUCUGCCACCGUCCCCACCUUGCGCAGAUCCCUCGGGACCUAGAGAGGUCGCUUACAUCCCAUUCUCCAACCCCCACAUCCCUGUUCCAUUCUCCCACUUUUCCCACCACCGCCCCCCUCGCUUCCCUCUCCUCCUGUCUCUCCCACCGUCCCCACCUUGCGCAGAUCCCUCGGGACCUAGAGAGGUCGCUUACAUCCCAUUCUCCAACCCCCACAUCCCUGUUCCAUUCUCCCACUUUUCCCACCACCGCCCCCCUCGCUUCCCUCUCCUCCUGUCUCUCCCACCGUCCCCACCUUGCGCAGAUCCCUCGGGACCUAGAGGUCGCUUACAUCCCAUUCUCCCAGCAAGGAACCUUCCCCGGCAUCUUCCUCUUCUCCGCACCGGCGCGCUUCGUCCGUCCAGUGCGGCAGCUGCCCUCGCUCAACCCAAGGGCCACUGCAGCGCCCACGUUUGAGCUCAUCGGGAGUUUGGAGCAGGUAGGGUGGGGUGGUGACGGCAGUAGUCUGUUUUUAAGGCGCCUCAAAAACUGUCUCGAGCAGGUGGUAGGGCGCAGCAAGCUGGCGGGCCAGGCAGUAAAGUAUAGCGCAGCUUCCUCCGCUUCCGCUGCUUCCCCCCCGCUGCAGGUCUUUCUGGACGUGCUCUGCCCUGAUGGAUCGUCGCCCUCUCCCACCACAGACCAAGGCUCGGCGGCAGGUUCGGCGACGCACGAGGAGGUUCGGCCGACGGACAUCCUGAGUGUGAUGGCGAGCCUGACCCCCUGGUCGGACUACAACCAGAGCCCCCGCAACAUGUACCAGUGCCAGAUGGGGAAGCAAACGAUGGGCAUGCCUUUGCACUCGUUCCCCUUCCGCAAUGACAACAAGCUGUACCGCCUGCAGACGCCCCAGACUCCCAUCGCCCGCACGGCAGCGUAUGACGACUAUGCCAUGGACCAGUACCCCACUGGUGCCAAUGCUGUCGUGGCCGUGCUGGCUUAUACCGGGUACGACAUGGAGGAUGCCAUGAUCAUCAACAAGUCGUCCAUGGAGAGGGGCUUUGGCCACGGUUACAUCUACAAGAACGAGGUGAUCGAGGCCACCCAGGGGUCAGCAUCACGCGUGGCCAAGUUCACGCCGUCCGGGCUGCCCGUGCAGAUGCUGGGGCGGCCGGCUAUUCACCGGCGCGGGCACAAGUGGACCAUUGACACUGAUGGGCUGCCUCGCCCUGGGGAGCACAUCACAAGCGGCGACGUGUACGCAUGCAAGGUGAACACAGUGACAGGCAAGGCGGACGAGAUAAAGCUCAAGGGGUCAGAAGAUGCGGUGGUGGAUGGGGUUACGCUCAUCGGCACCGGCCCCAAGACAGCCCUCACUAAGGCAUCUGUUCGCAUGCGUUUCGGUCGCUUGCCGCAGAUAGGGGACAAGUUCAGCAGCAGGCACGGGCAGAAGGGAGUGCUGUCACAGCUCUGGCCCGACGUGGAUAUGCCCUUCGCCUCCUCCUCUGGCAUGCGUCCAGACAUCAUCAUCAACCCCCAUGCCUUCCCCUCCCGCAUGACCAUCGGCAUGCUGGUUGAAUCCGUUGCAGCCAAGAGUGGAUCGCUACACGGAAACUUCGUGGAUGCUUCCCCGUUCCGCCCUGCCACGGUCAACCCCCCGCCGCUCACCAUGAGCCUCAAGUCCCGCCAACCAGCCCAGCGACGUGGCGCCUCCCGAUUGGCCCGUCCCUCCGCUGCUACCCCAGGCCUCUCCACCCCUGUGCACCGCUCUAAACUGCACAAGAAAUCUGGUGCCCCCCCCACCCCGGCUACUCCUGUCACUCCUGCUGCUGCUGCUGGUGCUGAGAAAGGGGCUGGAAGCUUCACACCCUUGGAUCUCCCAACCCCUGCUUCAUCUGCCAAGCCUAGCCAGGCUGCCAAGCCUGCCGCAGGUCCGGCGACAGCAGGUGGGCCGGGUGAAUCAAAUCCGCCACAAAAUAACGGAGAUCUGGUAGACACAUUCGGGCGGCAACUUGUGGAAAAGGGAUUCAGCUAUUAUGGAACAGAGACCAUGUAUAGCGGCGUGUACGGGUGUGAGAUGGAGUGUGAAAUUUACCUCGGAGUGGUGUAUUAUCAGCGGCUGCGGCACAUGGUAUCAGAUAAAUUCCAGGUGCGGUCUACCGGGCCUGUCAACCCACUCACGCAGCAGCCGGUGAAGGGGAGGAAGAAGGGCGGUGGAGUGCGGUUCGGGGAGAUGGAGCGCGAUGCAAUGCUGUCCCAUGGUGCGGCGUAUCUCUUACACGACCGGUUACACUCGUGCUCCGACUACCACACCACUGAAGUCUGCUCCCUCUGCGGCUCCCUUCUAGCUCCGGCGCUGGCUCGUCCCCGAGGCGGGUCGGCAGGUUCGGAUGCAGCUGUGGCGCUAGGCCUGGGGUUGGGGGCUGGCGUGGGGUAUGGGACGGUGGGGGGGGAGCUACGACAGAAGAAGAUGGUGUGUCGUGUGUGUGGCACGGGGAAGGGCGUGGUGCGCGUGGCGAUGCCGUAUGUGUUCAAGUAUCUCGCUGCUGAGCUGGCAGCAAUGAACAUCAAGCUCACACUGGGUGUGUGA